AUGGUGAAAGUGAAGAAAACGAAGAAGCCCACUGCUGCGUUCAACACACAAGCACUUCCCUUCAAUACGGACAAAGGUCAACACAUUCUUAAAAAUCCAGGAAUCGUCAACUCAAUAAUUGAGAAGUCCGCUCUAAAAUCAACGGAUACUGUGCUUGAAGUAGGUCCUGGAACUGGUAAUUUGACGGUGAAGAUGCUUGAAUGCGCAAAAAAGGUGAUCGCUUGUGAGAUUGACCCUCGAAUGAUUGCGGAAUUGAAGAAACGUGUUAUGGCUACACCGCUUCAAAAUAAACUCGAAGUUCGUCCUGGUGAUGUCAUGAAGACUGAAUGGCCAUUUUUCGAUGUUUGUGUAGCGAAUUUACCUUAUCAGAUCUCUUCUCCAUUCGUCUUCAAAUUACUCUUGCAAAGGCCUUUGCCAAGAUACGCUGUUUUGAUGUUCCAAAAAGAGUUUGCCGACAGACUGAUAGCAAAACCUGGUGACAAGGACUACUGCCGAUUAUCCGUUAAUGUCCAACUUCUUGCCAAAGUUGAGCACCUCAUGAAGGUCAAAAGAACUGAAUUUCGGCCACCACCGAAAGUAGACUCUGCUGUUGUACGUAUUGCGCCAAAAAAUCCACCACCCCCAAUUAAUUUCGAUGAAUGGGAAGGCAUGCUUCGUUUAUGUUUCCUGAGGAAAAACAAAACGUUGCUCUCAAUAUUCAAACAAAAUAAUGUAGCUGAGCUGAUAGAGAAAAAUUACCAGAAGUUGUGCAGUUUAUUAAAUAAGCCAAUCCCUAAAGACUUUGACGUUAAGAAGCUAAUUGAAAACACCCUAGCAGAAGGAGGGUUUGCCGACAAACGUGCUAGAAAAAUGAGCAUCGAGCAGUUUCUUGCUCUUCUUCUCACCUUCAACAAAGCCGGUAUUCACUUCCAUUCAUAG